UCUGGUCAGGUGACAGGCGCUGUCAAACAGUGCGACUCCAGACAAGUUGACCACUGUCCAGUUCUCUAUAUAAGGGAAAUGGAGGAAUGAGUGGACAUCAGUGUUUGUUCUGCACCGUUCAAGACAAUAACCAUGAACAAAGGAGUUGUAGCCGUUCUUGCCGCCCUGGCCCUCUUUGGAUGUGUAUCCGGACAGGCGUUCAACUUCCAGCCCUUCACCCCCGGCGGUCUGGCCACCCUGGCUCUCCUCCCCCCUCUCAUCAACCAACUGGCUAUGCCCGUGAGACCCCCACCCCCACCCCCACCAUUCCUCGGAGGAAUGGGAGGAAUGGGAUACUACCCAUCAUACCUUCCACCCACCAUCAUAAGGCGUACAGUGCGUCACCACGGAGGAAAGGGCUAUUACUGAACACACCAGCUCCGUCACGCUCUCAAGUGCGGAAUCAGAUACUAGGACAAUGACAGGGCGACAUCCAGACGCGGAUUCGAGAAACACGGAAACGGACUUGUCUAUGUGAAACUUGUGUCGACACGUGGGCUAUUUCCUAGGGCGUUACCUCUCACGUUCGUCACAGCAUCUAAUACCAGCCUUGGGACAAAAAAAUAAAAUUAUUUUUGUAUAUAAA